AUGGAUGAUGAGGGAACAAAUCAAAACUCCAGCAAAUCGCAAGGAGCCGGAGGCCAAGCAUCUGCAAUGUCUCUAUCAAACCCACUGAUGAGGGACUUUGUUUCAGACUGGUCUCCUUUACAUGAUGCCUCUAUCCGUGGGAGUCUGCUUACUCUGAAGAAACUCAUCAAACAGGGGAGUGAUGUGAAUCUUGUUACAGCAGACCAGGUGUCUCCUCUCCAUGAAGCCUGCCUAGGGGGUCAUGCUGCUUGUGCCAGUGUCCUAUUAAAACACGGUGCUCAGGUGAAUGGAGUUACUGUCGACUGGCACACUCCAUUGUUCAGCGCUUGUGUCAGUGGCAGUGUGGCUUGCUUGAAUUUAUUGCUGGAGCAUGGAGCCAGCCUACACCCACCCUGUGACUUGGCAUCCCCCAUCCACGAAGCUGCUAAGAGAGGUCAUGUGCAAUGUGUCGAAUUCCUCGCGUCCCGUGGAGUAAACAUAGAUCAAAACAUCAAGCAUCUGGGUACUCCACUUUAUGUAGCUUGUGAGAACCAGCAAGUGAGCUGUGCCAAGAAGCUGCUUGAGUCAGGAGCAAAUGUGAACAGCGGCAAAGGACUGGACUCCCCUCUGCACGUGGCCGCCAGGAAUUGCAGUGUGGAGCUGGUGACACUGCUGAUUGACUUUGGAGCAGACAUUUGGGUGAAGAAUGCCGAAAGCAAGAGGCCAAUGGAGCUGGUUCCACCCGGCAGCCCUGUGGGCCAACUCUUCCUGCAGAAAGAAGGGCCGCUGUCCUUGAUGCAGUUGUGUCGCCUGUGCAUCAGGAGGUGCUUUGGACACAAGCAGCAUCAAAAAAUAGCUGAACUUCUUCUCCCGGAUGAGCUGAAACAUUUCCUUCUCCACGUUUAAGCCUUUCAUGUUCAAAAUGGUGCCUUUAAUAACACAUCAAGGUUCGUUG